GAGAGAUAGGAGAGAGAGAGAGAGAUAGGGAAGAGAAACAAACCCCGCUCUCCUCUCUCCUCUCUCCUCUCUCCUCUCUCUCUCGUUCGAAUUAGGGCAAACAAAGAAGCCCCCAAAACCCUUGUAAUCCCCUUCAUUCCUCCUCUCCCCUCUCUUCUCCUCUAGGGUUUCGAUCUCCUCCUCUUCUUCUUCCUCUUGUUUGAUCGAACUGGGGAGAAGGAUUCGCUACCUUUCGAUAUAGAGAAAGGGUGAUUGUGGGGGAAAGGGGGUUUGGGAGUGAGUGCUAUGAGGAUCGCGGAUGGGGGCGACGUCGGGGUAUCGGCGUCUCGGGAGCACCUCGUCUUUGCCUACUACGUCACCGGCCAUGGCUUCGGCCACGCCACGCGUGUCGUCGAGGUUGUGCGCCAUCUGAUUGCAGCUGGGCAUGAUGUACAUGUGGUAACAGGCGCUCCGGACUUUGUCUUCACCACUGAGAUUCAAUCUUCCAAUCUACACAUCCGCAAGGUUUUGCUUGACUGUGGGGCUGUGCAAGCUGAUGCUUUAACAGUGGAUAGGCUUGCCUCUUUGGAGAAGUAUCAUCAGACAGCUGUGGUGCCUCGAGAGUCUAUUUUGGCAACUGAAGUGGAAUGGCUGAACUCUAUCAAGGCCGAUUUAGUGGUCUCAGAUGUUGUUCCUGUAGCAUGCCGAGCGGCAGCAGAUGCAGGAAUUCGGUCUGUUUGUGUAACUAACUUCAGUUGGGAUUUUAUAUAUGCAGAAUAUGUCAUGGCUGCUGGACACCAUCACCGUUCUAUUGUCUGGCAGAUAGCUGAAGAUUAUUCUCAUUGUGAAUUCCUGCUCCGACUUCCUGGAUAUUGUCCUAUGCCUGCUUUUCGAGAUGUCAUCGAUGUGCCUUUGGUCGUUAGAAGGAUACACAAAUCUCGUUCUGAGGUUCGCAAGGAACUUGCGAUCAGUGAUGAUGUGAAAGUAGUCAUAUUUAACUUUGGGGGACAGCCCGCAGGAUGGAAACUAAAGCAAGACUGGUUACCUGAUGGUUGGCUAUGUUUGGUCUGUGGUGCAUCUGACAAACAAGAGCUUCCUCCAAAUUUCAUAAAGCUUGCGAAGGAUGUUUACACACCUGAUUUAAUUGCAGCAUCGGACUGCAUGCUUGGAAAAAUUGGCUAUGGUACAGUAAGUGAAGCUUUGGCAUACAAGUUGCCAUUCGUCUUUGUCCGCAGAGAUUACUUCAACGAGGAGCCAUUUUUACGGAAUAUGCUUGAGUAUUAUCAAGGUGGUGUUGAGAUGAUUAGAAGGGACUUGCUCACUGGACACUGGAAACCUUACCUUGAGCGUGCACUCACUCUUCGUCCUUGUUAUGAGGGAGGAAUUAAUGGUGGAGAGGUGGCUGCCCGCAUACUACAAGAUACUGUUUCGGGAAAGAAUUAUGCUUCAGAUAAGUUAAGUGGAGCAAGGCGAUUGCGUGAUGCUAUAGUGCUUGGAUAUCAACUCCAAAGAGCUCCUGGGAGAGAUAUAGGCAUCCCGGAUUGGUAUUCUCUAGCUGAAAAUGAAAUCGGCCUGCGUCCUGUCCUCCCAAGUAUUGAGACUAAUGGGAAUGCGUCUCCUGUUGAAUCAUGCUUUGAGGACUUUGAGAUACUUCAUGGGGAUCUGCAAGGUUUGCCUGAUACGGUGGUUUUCUUGAAGAGUUUAUCAGGACUUGAUACAGGAGCCGACAUAAAGAGCCCCGAGAAGCGCCAGCUACGCGAGAGGGCUGCUGCUGCCGCACUUUUUGACUGGGAGGAGGAAAUUUAUGUGGCAAGAGCACCUGGAAGGUUGGAUGUUAUGGGAGGUAUUGCAGAUUAUUCUGGAAGCCUUGUUUUACAGAUGCCCAUUCGAGAGGCUUGCCAUGUUGCUGUCCAGAGGAACCAUCCAAGCAAGCAAAGGCUCUGGAGACAUGGGCAAGCAAGACAGCUAGCGAAAGGACAAGGGCCCAUUCCUGUGCUGCAAAUUGUAUCAUUCGGGUCGGAGUUGAGUAACCGUGCACCAACCUUCGAUAUGGACCUACAAGAUCUAAUGGAUGGUGAUGAGCCGAUUUCAUAUGAAAAGGCUUAUCAAUUCUUUUCUGAGGAUCCAUCGCAGAAGUGGGCAGCGUAUGUUGCUGGAACUAUACUUGUCUUAAUGACCGAGCUUGGAGUUCGCUUUACUGACAGUAUAUCUAUCCUGGUUUCUUCUGCUGUUCCGGAAGGAAAAGGUGUUUCUUCUUCUGCAUCAGUGGAGGUUGGCACCAUGUCUGCUAUCGCUGCUGCUCAUGGAUUAAAUAUUGCACCAAGGGAUCUUGCAUUGCUUUGUCAAAAGGUAGAGAAUCACAUCGUCGGGGCACCUUGUGGGGUUAUGGACCAAAUGACUUCUGCUUGCGGAGAAGCUAACAAACUGCUUGCUAUGGUUUGCCAGCCUGCAGAGGUGAAAGAAUUGGUCACUAUUCCAUCCCAUAUACGUUUUUGGGGUCUCGACUCUGGAAUUCGUCACAGUGUUGGUGGGACUGAUUAUGGAUCUGUGAGAAUAGGGACAUUUAUGGGUCGCAAGAUGAUUAAAUCUGCAGCCUCCGGCCUAAUUUCCCAAUCUCUCUCAAGUCUGGGUGUACCUCAGCAAGAAGAUGAUAUGAACUCUGAUGAAUACGGAGAACAAGGCAUUGAGCUGCUCAAAGAUGAAGCUUCACUGGAUUACCUGUGCAAUCUUUCUCCACAUAGAUACGAGGCUGUUUAUGCAAAGAACCUUCCAGAGAGCAUAACUGGAGAGACAUUUGUGAAGCACUAUGCAGAUCACAAUGACACAGUAACUGUUAUUGACCCAAAACGUUCCUACUGUGUCAAGGCACCCACUAGGCAUCCCAUCUACGAAAACUUUCGUGUUGAGGCCUUUAAAGCGUUAUUAACGGCAGCUAAUAGUGAUGAGCAACUCUCAGCGCUCGGAGAACUUAUGUAUCAGUGCCACUAUAGCUACAAUGACUGUGGACUAGGGUCCGAUGGGACUGACAGGCUUGUUAAAUUAGUUCAAGAAAUGCAGCACCGCAAAUCAUUGCGUGAUGGGAGUCCUAGUCUAUUUGGUGCAAAAAUCACUGGAGGGGGCUCUGGCGGUUCUGUUUGUGUGAUUGGGCGGAAUUGCAUUCGAAGCAGCGAGGAAAUUCUCGAGAUCCAGCAAAGAUACAAAGCUGCGACGGGCUAUUUGCCGAUCCUCUUCGAGGGCUCAUCGCCAGGUGCUGGAAAGUUUGGAUAUCUAAAACUGCGCCGACGACCCUCUUCUCCAGGUUCAAUUUAACAGAAUAAGCUGGAAAAGAAAGAACCCCAACAAACAUUGGGCUUUUCUGAACAUCGGUAACGGCUUUCUUCACUCGAUGCUAAUUCUAACUAAAUAAACAAAAAACCUGGAUCCCAGCUGUGUAUAAAGGAUGCUAAGCUCUCUUAUCUAAAAGCAGAAUAUUCUAAUUGCAUGUAAUAAUGAGAACUUCUGCAGGGCAUAGAUUUUAGUCUGGCAUAAUAAUUGAUAACUUGUUCGUCAGGAUUCAGGUUCUCCGAACAGUUUGAUCUGUGUAAAUUUUUAGCCUUAAUGCUUUAAUUUUUGGACUUUAUAAUCUGAAUGGUUCGGUUUGUCUC